AUGAAGCCGUCCUGGCUGCAGUGCCGCAAAGUCACGGGCGCCGGGGGGCUCGGGGGCCCCCUGCCCGGGCCCCCCCAGGCGCGGGGAGCCGGCCCGGCCCGCAGGGCGUACGUGGCCCCGGGUCCGCGGGGCGCGCUCGGGGGCCGCGGCUGCCGCGCUCUGUCCGCGGGCGGCGGCGGCGGCGGCGGCGAGUACCGGACCCACUUCGCCGCCUCGGUGGCCGACCCCGAGCGGUUCUGGGGCAAAGCCGCCGAGCAGAUCAGCUGGUACAGGCCCUGGACCAAGACGCUGGAGAACAGGCACCCUUCCACCAGCUGGUUUGUGGAAGGCAUGCUCAACAUUUGUUAUAAUGCCAUUGAUCGUCAUAUUGAAAAUGGCAAAGGAGAUAAGAUUGCUAUCAUCUACGACAGUCCUGUAACAAACACUAAAGCAACCAUUACCUAUAAAGGAGUCCUGGAGCAGGUCUCUAAGCUGGCUGGUGUUUUGGUCAAGCAUGGUGUCCAGAAAGGUGACACUGUGGUCAUCUACAUGCCCAUGAUCCCUCAGGCAAUCUAUACCAUGCUGGCAUGCGCCCGGAUAGGAGCCAUCCACAGCCUUAUAUUUGGGGGAUUUGCAUCCAAAGAACUGAGUACCCGCAUUGAUCAUGCAAGGCCCAAGGUGGUGGUUACAGCAUCUUUUGGCAUUGAACCUGGAAGGAAGGUAGAAUACAUGCCACUUCUAGAAGAAGCGCUGAGAAUUGGACAACACAAACCAGAUAAAGUUCUCAUUUAUAAUCGUCCAAAUAUGGAGACAGUUCCUUUGGCUCCAGGUCGUGACCUUGAUUGGGAUGAAGAGAUGGCAAAAGCACAGUCACAUGAUUGUGUUCCUGUUCUUUCAGAACAUCCAUUAUAUAUUCUUUACACAUCUGGAACAACAGGUUUGCCCAAGGGUGUGGUUAGGCCCACUGGAGGUUAUGCUGUAAUGCUAAACUGGACAAUGUCUUCCAUCUAUGGACUUCAACCUGGAGAGGUGUGGUGGGCAGCUUCUGACUUAGGCUGGGUUGUUGGACAUUCCUAUAUCUGUUAUGGACCUCUUCUUCAUGGGAACACAACAGUUUUAUAUGAGGGGAAGCCUGUGGGGACCCCGGAUGCUGGCGCCUAUUUCCGCGUGCUGGCGGAGCACGGCGUGGCUGCCCUGUUCACAGCGCCCACGGCAAUCAGAGCAAUCCGCCAGCAGGACCCGGGGGCAGCCCUGGGGAAGCAGUACUCACUAACAAGGUUUAAAACAUUAUUUGUGGCUGGAGAACGAUGUGAUGUUGAGACUUUGGAAUGGUCCAAAAAGGUCUUCAGAGUACCCGUCUUAGACCACUGGUGGCAAACUGAAACUGGAUCUCCAAUUACAGCGUCAUGCAUUGGAUUAGGCAAUUCUAAAACACCUCCUCCAGGGCAAGCAGGAAAGUGUGUUCCAGGAUACAAUGUUAUGAUUUUGGACGACAACAUGCAAAAACUAAAGGCUCGGUGUUUAGGAAAUAUUGUGGUAAAGUUGCCAUUACCACCUGGGGCAUUUUCAGGACUCUGGAAGAAUCAGGAAGCGUUCAAGCACUUAUACUUUGAAAAAUUUCCUGGAUAUUAUGAUACCAUGGAUGCUGGUUACAUGGAUGAAGAAGGUUAUUUGUAUGUUAUGUCACGAGUUGAUGACGUGAUAAAUGUUGCAGGUCACAGGAUUUCUGCAGGUGCCAUUGAAGAGUCAGUCCUUUCCCAUGGCACUGUGGCUGACUGCGCUGUUGUUGGCAAGGAAGACCCUUUGAAAGGGCAUGUCCCCUUAGCCCUCUGCGUGUUGAAAAAAGGUAUCAAUACAACCGAGGAACAAGUAUUGGAAGAAAUUGUGAAGCAUGUUAGACAGAGCAUUGGCCCUGUGGCUGCUUUCCGAAAUGCAGUUUUUGUCAAACAGUUACCAAAAACUAGAUCGGGCAAAAUUCCACGGUCAGCUCUCUCUGCCCUUGUCAAUGGCAAGCCUUAUAAGGUAACGCCUACGAUCGAAGACCCCAGCAUUUUUAGGCACAUAGAGGAUGUGCUCAAACAGGGAUCAUGA